GAAUCUUGUAUAUAACAGCGCGUACAUAUAUUUUUCUUAUGUCGCAGUAUACAUCAUCGUCGCGUUUUGCGUCGCUUUGUCUCUGCAGGCGACACCGAACAAACCGUGCGACGAAAGUCCUUUGCCCGUCGAAUUGAGGGUGGACGGUUGCAACAGUUUACCGUGCAAUUUGCACAGAGGAACUAACUUGACGGCGCAAUGGGAUUUUGUUGCCGACAGCGACUCAACGAAGUUGACAAUCAGCGUGAAUGUUAUGAUUUUUGGAUAUACGGUCAAAUAUCCGUAUCUUCAGCCGGACGCGUGCAAAUCCUUGUCCAGCGGUAAAUGCCCGUUGAAGAAAGGCGACAAGGCCACGUACACUCUGGUCAUGCCGAUAGUGGAGUCAAUUCCGACUAUACCCGUGACCUUUGAAUUCGGUUUAUAUAACGAGCAAAGUAAACCACAGGUGUGCUUCAAAUUGGACGGCAAGGUGGUCAAAAAAAAAUAGUCUCUCUUCCCAACGCUUUUAGCUACUAUAAAAUUGUUUCACAACUGUUGCUGUCGAAUUCUUUAAUAUUCUAGAAUUUUAUCUUACAUAUUUCUAACAAACUAUCAAAUGAUCGAGAAGUAAAGUAGUGUGACAUGUAU